UCUGUGCAUUGAGUUUGAUGGGUCUGUUGUUAAUUUUUUAAGAGAUUGAUUAUAUGAAAGUUCGGUGCGUGCUAAUGCCUAAUGCUACCAAGGCUGCCCUACUUUUCCAUGACAUAUAUUAUAAGGCCGGUUGAUAGAUCCAUGCCCCCGCCCCCCCUGCAGAAUUUAGGAAGUCCGAUACAGUAGAACCUGAUAAUUGUCUUGGAAGAGAAAUGGGUAUUGAAGAAGAAGAAGAUCGGCAAGCACCCUUACUAAGUAGCUCUUCAUCACCUGAUGAUCAUCCAGAAGAGCCUCUCAAAAGAACUGGGACCGAGUGGACGGCAAUAGCACAUGUAAUAACAGGAGUGAUUGGGGCAGGAGUUCUGUCUCUUUCUUGGAGCGUGGCUCAACUUGGGUGGAUUGCAGGUCCAUUGCUCAUGAUUGCGUUUGCAGCCGUAACCAUUGUUUCCACAAACCUUUUGUGUGACUGCUAUAGAUACCCUGAUCCUGAACAUGGCCCCCGUAGAAUCAAGUCCUAUAUAGAAGCUGUCAAGUUGUACUUAGGAGAGAAAAGCCAAAAGGCGUGCGGAAUAAUUGUGAAUGAGAGCUUAUAUGGGACUGGAAUUGCCUAUAUCAUUACGUCUGCUAGCAGCAUAAGAGCAAUUCAGAGAUCAAACUGUUAUCACAGAGAAGGGCACCAAGCUGCAUGUACAUAUGGGGAUACUUUUUAUAUGCUGCUGUUUGGACUUAUUCAGAUCGUCAUGUCACAGAUUCCAGAUUUCCAUAACAUGGAAUGGCUUUCGAUCGUUGCUGCAAUCAUGUCCUUUACCUACUCUUUUAUCGGAUUCGGACUUGGCCUUGCAAAAGUAAUAGAAAAUGGGGAGAUUAUGGGGAGCCUUUCAGGAGUCCCGGCUGCUAAUGUUGCUGAUAAAUUAUGGUUAGCAUUUCAAGCACUUGGGGACAUUGCAUUCGCCUAUCCAUACUCAAUUAUUGUUCUUGAGAUACAGGACACUUUGAGGUCCCCUCCUCCAGAAAACAAGACCAUGAAGAAGGCCUCGAUGGCUGCCAUAUUUAUAACAACCUUCUUCUACCUCUGCUGUGGAUGCUUUGGAUAUGCAGCCUUUGGGAAUGCUACACCAGGAAACCUAUUGACUGGAUUUGGUUUCUAUGAACCUUACUGGCUCAUUGACCUUGCUAAUGCUUGCAUUGUUCUCCAUUUGGUGGGAGGAUAUCAGAUAUAUUGUCAGCCAGUAUUUGCAUUUGCUGAAAGAUGGUUUACCAAGAAAUUUCCAAACAGUGGGUUUGUAAAUAAUUUCUACCCCAUCAAACUCCCACUGUUGCCAGGAUUCAAGUUGAGUCUUCUCAGGCUAUGUUUCCGAACUGCAUAUGUCAUAUCAACCACUGUAAUUGCAAUCCUGUUCCCUUACUUCAACCAAGUCUUGGGACUGUUAGGAGCCUUGAACUUUUGGCCUUUGACCAUAUAUUUCCCUGUGGAAAUGUACUUUGUACAAAAGAAAAUAGGGGCUUGGACAAAGGAAUGGAUUAUCCUUAGGACAUUUAGCUUUAUUUGCUUUCUUGUCACUGUUGUGGGUUUGAUCGGCUCACUUGAAGGACUUAUAAGCGCCAAGUUGAGCUGAGGGAUACAUGUAAUUCCCAAAAUGAAUUGGGAGAAAACAAUGUAUACAUACGACGUAUGGUAUGUUAAAAGUGUCAGCAAGUUUGGACAAGAAGAGGGGACACGAUGGCAAGCUUGAACAGCAAGGUGGACGACUCGAAUGAAGAUCGAUCAUGAUCAGAUAAGAAGAGAUGGAGACUUUUCGAUCAUCUGUUACCAAGAGUUCAGUUACCUAACUUUCAGUUUUCAGCCUAUCUGAUCUACUCUGAUUGUUCUUAUUUUGAAUUAUUUGCUUUGGAAGAAAAGAUAAUCAAAUAGAUAAAGACAAAGGGGAAUAAAAAAAAUAAACACAAGAAAUUUUACUUGGUUC